UUCUUCUGACUAUUGUGACUUAAAUUAGUGCGUAUGGUGCCGACGGGAGUGAAGAAAAACAGUGGAAUUACCUAAUUUUUCUAAAUUGUACUCGCAAUUAAUCCAUUAAUUCUCCGCUAAUAAUGUCCCUGUUAACCAAUGGUGUAAAGGCGACGUUCAACAGGAUCUGUCAAGUCUCAAGUUCAUUGAUAAAAACAACUGCAACGCCACUUAUCAACGGUACCACGAUUGUUUCUAGUCGUCAGCUUUCUUGGGAGGAGAAAAGAGCACGAGGACCAUUAGUGCGUCGUUAUGGCUAUAAAGAUCAUAUUUUGCAAGGCGGACUAUUGCCACACUUAGACAAUGGUCAGAAGUUACCAAUGCCUGUGUAUCGACCCAAAAAUCCCUGGACCACAAAACGUGCGCUUUUUGGCCAAAAUGAUUAUAUCGACAUACUGGGUAAUGAUCGCCUGCAUCCCACCAAGGUUUUGUAUUCUGUCCCAUCCUGGUUGCGUGGUGUGUCGGGCAACGAAUAUCAAGUACUAUUGCGAAAACGUAAGAUUCUAUCGAGGACCGUUGCUCCCACUGCUCGGCCCACUAAAUGGCGUCAAAUGGAGAAACGUAUCUUGUAUUUGUACAAAUUCCUGAAUCGUAAAACGAAAACCGGCUUCUCCAAACAAUAAAUAAAAAUGAAACAUGGAUGUUAUAUUAAGUUAAUUUUUAUGAAUAAAUUUGUUGUCGUUAACAAUGUAUUUACUAAAAUAUAUAAGGAAAAUUAAAUUA